ACUUUGUUUCUCAUCUCACCUCCUUUCUCGAUUCUUUUCUCAUCUCUAUCUCUUGAUUAUUUGUGGAUUGUUGACUGGGUUAUAUCAUUUGGUAUUAGAGCUUCGAUCGUCUGACCUGUGGCUAUGGCGGGUAACACCAGAUCUCAAGAACAAGCGAAAUUCGACGCUGAGAUCAGGGGAUUGAUCUCAAACACCCGAAGGGAUCUUCUCGAAUUGCAGCGACGUACUAAGGAGCAAUUCAAGAAGAAUGACAAGCAGUUGGUGGCCAUACAAAAAGAAAGCAAAGAGCAAUUUGAGUAUUUAUCCAAGAUGAUGUUGCAAGUUAUGGGCCGAGUGGGGGUCUCCCAUGGCGAUAGUGACACCCCAAUGAUGUUAGCGAUGGGGAUAAACAAUGGGAUCCUAAGAGGAAGCAAUGACAAUACCAUGGUAAGAAAUCUUGGCCCCAAUCUUGGUUGCAGUCACAGUAAUAACCCUCUUGAAUCUAUGAUUCAAUUUGGGAAGGUUGAUUUCCCUGUUUUUGAUAGCACUGAUAGUGUGAAAGGAUGGCUUUUCCAAAGUGAACAAUUCUUUGAAAUUAACAACACUAGGGAAGGGUUUAAGUCUCAAAUUGCUGGCAUGUAUAUGAAGGGGGAGGCUUUGCAAUGGUUGCAAGCCUACAUGAAAGGGAAAAUCAAGUGGCCUUCUUAGGAGGAAUUUUGCAUGACCAUUUGUGUUAGAUUUAGGGUAGCCUCUAAGAUGAAACCUAUGGCAGAAUGGAGGAAUGUAGUACAGAUGGGUACAAUCUUAAAGUAUCAACGGGAAUUUGAGAAAAUAAGGGCUAGGGUUUCUU